AUGUAAUCGUAACCUAAGUCAGGAUCUAUAUAUCACUGUUUAUCCCCUUAGAAUAUUAAACGAGCGGUGAAUAAGAUUCAAUGUCGAGAGCAAUAAAGCAAUCCUUGUGUGAGAUUGAAUAACUAGGACAAUCGACUCAAAUAAUUCCAAACUCUUCUAAAUUCAUACAUGCAGAGUAAAUCGCCUUCUAUCACUAAAACUAUAUAAAGUCGAAAAAGUCUUAAUGAACCCAGCAUAAACAACAUGGCCAGAAACUCAGUGACUCCACAGAAAAGUGAGAUUUCAAUUACACGCAAAUAAAAUACUGAGCAUAAAGAAUUCUUACUCUGCUAAUCCAUCUCAAGUCAAACUUCUGAUUUCGGUCCUUAAAAUCAAUUUAAAGUGUAGUUGUAAUAAAUACAGCAAAAAGUACGUGAACGCUUUAAGAGAUAUGAGGAGGAGAAGAGGCAAUUCCAUGAAGAUAAGAAACUCUUUUUGGAAGAGAAAAAACAAUUAGUCUCUAGAAUACAACAAUUGGAAUUGCAGGUUCAAGAAUUGACCAAAAAAAAAGAAGCUUUAGAUCAAUCAUUUGGUUGA